UGGAGUUUGGAGGGUUGUAUUAUUAAAUGCAAAUUGAUAUUGAUUUGAUUAUAUAAAUACUAAAAUAAAACUAGAGAUGAAAGCAAGAGAUGCCUUUUGGAUUGGAACAUUUUGGGAGGGAGAAGAAUAUAAUUAUCUCACUACUUGAGGGAGAAGAGAAAGAUCAUCCCCAGGAGAUUUAGCUAUAGCCUGCCUCCAGACACAAACUGAGAUAUUUGUUCAUAUAUCCUUAACGUAUCUUUUUCUUCACCCUCUCAUGUCUAUCUCUCUCUGUCUUUCCCUUGGAAGUAUGCCAACCUAGGAAGCAAUAAUAAUAUUAUUUAAUUACAAGAGUUUUACGUGUACUACUUAGGUUUAUGUAUAAAAGGAGGAGGGAAGCUUAAUUUGUUUCCAAAUGGUUAACUUAAUACAAAGGCUAUUUGGGUCUGUUGUCUCGACAAUUGCUCAUUGUUUCUUUGUCGACUAUCAUUACCAACAUCAAGAGGAUCAUCACCACCGCCAUAACCACCACCAUCAUCAUCAUCUCCGCCACCACUAUCACCGCCACGAUCACCACAAGCCUUACAAGAUGCCUAAGGCCAAGGGUCGUCCCCUUUCUUUGCAGACAGUGGAGCUGAAAGUGAGGAUGUGCUGUGCUGGCUGCGAGAGAGUUGUCAAAGAUGCCAUCAAAAAGCUCAGAGGGGUGGAUUCGGUGGAGGUGGAUCUGCCGCUGGAGAAGGUAACGGUGAUCGGAUACGUGGACCGGAACAAGGUGCUGAAGGCGGUGAGAAGGGCCGGGAAGAGGGCGGAGUUCUGGCCGUUUCCGAACCCGCCGCUGUACUACACAUCCACCAACAAUUACUUCAGAGAUAUGACCAGCGAGUACAAAGAGAGCUAUAAUUACUGGAGGCACGGCUACAACAACGAUGCCACCGGCGCUAACAAGCACGGCAUCCUUCCGGUCACUCACCGGGGAGACGACAAAGUCAGCAAUCUCUUUAACGACGAUAAUGUCAAUGCCUGCUCUGUCAUGUAGCUAAUUAACUAGUUUACUCUCCCGCAUACAUAUAUAUGCUUUAGUAAUUAAUUUGAAUUAUAAAUAAACCAAAUUAAUAAAUAUUGUACAGUUUAUUUUACUGUUGGUACGUAGUGCUACUCCCUUAAAUUGUUACGAAAUGAAAUGGCCUCUAAUUACGAGCAA